AUGAAGACAUCAGUCACUUCAAUUCUGAAAUCAGCUUGCUUCAUUAUGAAAAAGAUUGUCAACUUAGAAUUUAUCAGAAAGUGGAAAAAUGAGUUAUGGAAAAUAAAAUGCCAAAAGGAUCAAUUUUGGAUUAUCAAUUUUUGCGAUAAAUCUGUGUACAACUUGAACAAAUUUAUUUUCGCUAAACAGCACUGCUGCGCAAGAGACAUUGCGCAAAUAAUCGCAGAAGUUGAAAGAGUUGAAAUUCGUCAAGUUUUGGUUAAAAUAAAGCAAGAAACCGCAAGAAAGUCAAGAAAGAUCUGGAAAAGCAUGGAGAUAGGUCCAGUACAGGCCUGGAAUAGUACUGGGAUAUCGACAACAAUUAAAGACACCAGUGGAAAUCAUUCUGAUGUAUUCUUACAGUUAUCGUCAAAUAAUAACACUGAUAUCAAUAAUGGUAAUAACAAUAAUGAUCAAAACGAAGCUUGCUUGACUUUUUCAACCGCUAACAUAGUGAAGCGAGAAAUUGCUGCAAGUAUAGUUAUGCUAUAUACAAAAAGUUACAGUCAGAAAACUUCAAAUAAUUCUCCCCGAGCAUUUAUAUUUUUUUUCGAGCAAUCGCUUCUCAUGAGAAAUACAAAAUGCAGUGCGAAUAUUCAAAAGACUAGAACUAAUGCUAUUCGUCAGUCGGUAGUAGUGGAGCCCGGUUCUGUCAAUACUCAUGAUGGCACAAUGGAAACGAAAUUAAAUACAUCUAGUUUUUCUUCGUUGUUGCCAAAUCUUGCUCAAACUUCUGAAGUGGUAACCACGGUUCCUUGUCAUCAGUACUCGGAUUACGAUUCCAAAUUAUGGAUGAGCCAAUCAGGUGUGAGCCUAUAUCCAAGUUGUGCAGCAGCUCUCGAAUCUCCGCAGUAUCAUUAUGCUGCAAGCGUUACACCUCAGGCCUGUCUUAUGCAGCAGUCUUUAAAUACCGAACUCAUCCCAACGGCAGGCAUUCAGUCAUACAAUGUUACCGGUACGACACCACAACUGCCAAGUUACGAUGCGUUUCGAAUGAGUACUGAUCACGACGCUCUCACAACUUACCAUAUUCCACAACGAAAUACUGCAAACAGUGAUGCAAACUUUUGCAUGUUUUCCGCGCAAUCGAGUAUUUCUCAGCCUACUGCACAAUCAGCAACAGCGACUACAACACAGUGCCAACAAUGUGGAAUUUACACGUCUGAUAUCGUUUGCAGCGGUACUUCUAUAAUUUGUACCAAAUGUGCAUCUGACUUAAUGGUGCAAUAUAGCACAAGUAGAUCUGACGUGUCACAGCACAUCGUUUACUCACCAUUUCUGGCUACAUCUUGCGCAGUUCUAGAGAAUGAUGAGCAAUCAAUGCCUCAAAAUAAUUCCCAGCGACGACAAGGCUUAGUCUGUGCUAAUUGCGGUGGUACUAAUACUACCCUCUGGAGACGUGAUGCUGAUGGCCAUCCAGUAUGCAAUGCUUGUGGCUUAUAUUACAAACUUCAUCAAGUCAAGCGUCCAAUUUCAAUGAAAAAGGAAGGCACAUUACAAAGGCGAAAUCGUAAGCAAAAAUCGGAUAAUGCUGGUGUACUGCGACAACCCGCAACAUCUAAAAAGCUGUCCAGUAAUCAUCACAGAAAUAAUAGUCGUAUGUAUGCAGAUGCGCAUUUAGCAGCUACCAGUUCUGGUUCUAGUAUUAGUACUAAUGUUGGUGAUUUGAUUCAACCUUAUAAUGUUAUCUCAUCAGUAGGCACCGUAAAUGAUGAUCAAUUAUAUACAUGGAAUACGGGCAAUCAUUACAGUACUAAUCAAGGAUUAGCAUUACCGGGUCUGAAUACAAACAACUUACUAUCGCAAUCAUUAUUCCCGGGUGUUCAAUAUGAUGCAACAUCGCAAUCAGAAUCAUUGACCACUAUUGGAAUACCAACUGAGGUGAUUCGAAGAAGUGAAGAAGAAGAAACAGUUGCUGCAGUACAUUCACUUCAAGCAUUUAAAGAAGACUGCUUGGAUUCAAGCGUUUUGAAUGUGAAAUUCAUACAAAGUAUCCAUAUAAAAUUUUUUGCUCUGCCCCAAGAAAGUAUCUAUACGCUCAAAAAUUACGUGAAAUGCGCGAAGUUUUAUUUUCGGUUUCGCAAAUUAUAUACAGUAGAAGUUGUAAACUCUUGUGAUCUAAGCAUGAUCUGCGUUAUUUUCAUCAUCAAACUUAAUGUUUUGAGCAAAAGAAAUUUCCUGUCUUUGAUACUCUUAGAACAUAAAAGUACUAAAAUUCUGAAUCCAACCAUUAUUUUUGAUCCUCAUAAAAUUAAUGCAGACGAUGUACAUAUAUGUAAUGAAUAUAUUUUUCAAAUUGUAAUCACUGCUUGUUCAGUUAUUUAUGUAGUGAAUUCGUCUAAAUCAUUCAAUAACAUCGAUGUUUAUGUGCCAUAUUCAUUUUCAAUCAUUUUUUGUACAAAUUUAAUAACCUACUUGACAUCAAAGCUCAAAAGAUAUCAGUUAGAACUAUUGUCAGGUCCUGAUAAUACCUAA